AUGACUACUUCGGUAGCACUCGAAAACAAUUUUGACGUUGUCAUCGUCGGUUCAGGCCUCACCGGUCUUACAGCCGCGUAUUAUAUUUUGAAAAGAAAUGUUGGAUUAAAUGUUCUCAUUCUCGAGAAAAAUGAUGCGCCGGGCGGCAGAAUUCUGCUGGGCACCAUUGGCCAGGCAUAUUACGGAAGCUAUUCCCAGAAAAAUAUCGUCAAGUUGCUCACUGAACUAAACAUUCCAACUGAUGGGAAUCCGAGUGAGCAGCAGCGACCUGAUAAUCAAAAGGAUUUUUCAUUUCUUACAACCACGGACGUAUCUCGCUUCGCUUCCGCUCAAGUUUAUCAUUUCCUCAAAUUGCUGAAUUCGAUGACGACCGGAGUCAGAUUCGCUCCUGACCGAGCAAUCAUUUCGAAAAAUGUGGAUCAUCAAAACCUUGGAAAAAUGAGUUUAAAAGAAUUGAUUGAAAGAACCGUGAGUCCGGGACGCCCGCGAGGUCUCUGCGAAAGUUUGUUACGAGUUUGUUGCCCAGGGAUUGAAAGCUUGGACGAAGUCUCCGCACUCUGGUUUCUCGUUAUGUUGACCGGAGCCGGAGGCGUUUUUGCAAAGUUUGCUGCUUCCUUGUCCAAGAGGAAGAGAUUCUUCAUCGAAGGGGGCUUCGAACUAUUGGUGAAAAAAUUAGAACAAAGGAUCAUUGAUUUGGGAGGAAACAUAAGGCGUUCUGAAAACGUUGUCAAAAUCGAAGACAACGAUAGAGCCAUUUUAGUUACGACGGCAGUAAGAGACGAGCGCAAACGAUUUAAAUCCGAAUGUAUCAUAGUCGCCGUUCCACCACCAAGCAACGCCCAAAUAAUAGCGGAAACGAAGCUACCCAAGAGUUUCCUCGAGUCCCAAAAGUUUUACCAAAACGGAAGAAACACGUUUUUCCGGGCUUCGUACGAACGAGAGUUUUGGACAGCGAGUAGCUUCGUUAUCGAAGCCACCCUGAUGGGCAGCAAUCUGAGAACGAUUUAUGCCGCCACCGAAGGCAAACGUAAAUCGGCUGUUCUCGGAGGAUUCUCCUCAGCGAAUAAUCCAAACGAAAUAAUUGCUGCUUUAGGAAAAUCUCUGAGAAGACUUGGUCGAGUGAGCGAGUGCAUGAGCUGUGAAACGAGCGACGUUUCUCCAGUUCAUUUUUUAAGGCCCUGCUCACUCGAGUACCAUGUGAAUCCCUUGCUGACUUCUUCUUCUGCUCAACGAGUGCAAUUAGCGGCGAGCGAAUUCGCGAGCCAGUGGCCUGGAACUGUGGAUGGAGCUAUCGAAGCUGGCGAAAGAGCUGCACGCGCGAUACUGUCCCGAACACGACCCCAAGCUCUCGGAAUCAAUGACUUAGUGGAAGGGCCAUCGUUAGGGGUGGGCCAAGAAAUGCGGGGACCGUUGGAGGACGUGUUUAGUCAUGGGGAAGCGAUCGGAAGAGCUCACAAGAUUUGCCUCGGGCUCAACGUUUGUCUCUUCUUUUCCUUACUCGUUAACGCUUACUAA